AAAGGUCACACUAAAAGAGACUGCAAAGAGCUUAAAGCUUCAAUAGAGACAAGAAGAUUAUUAAAAGAAACCAAAGAACAACAAGAAAAAGCAAAAACUAAGAGUUCUGGCCUCCCAGAAAUCGAUUUUA